AUGGCACUCAAUCGAACCUUCACACUCAACACUGGGGCCGAGAUCCCCGCUGUAGGUUUCGGCACCUGGCAAGCGGCACCGCAUGAAGUCGAGAACGCGGUCGAAAUUGCGCUCAGGGCCGGUUACAGACAUCUAGACUGUGCAGCAAUCUACAGAAACGAGACCGAGGUCGGUCUGGGGAUCAAGAAAAGCGGCGUCGAUCGAAGAGACAUCUUCAUUACGUCGAAGCUCUGGAACUCGAAGCAUGACCCCAAGGACGUAGAAGCAGCACUCGACAAGUCAUUGCAAGACCUUGGUGUCGAAUACGUCGACCUGUACCUAAUGCACUGGCCGGUGGCUUUUGCUUCAGGUAGUCGUUGGUUUCCUCUAGAUGACAACGGCGUCUUCAAGUUGUCAGAAGUGCACUUCAACGAGACGUGGAAGGCGAUGGAGGCACUAUUGAAGACGGGGAAGACUCGAGCCAUUGGCGUCUCCAAUUUCAAUAUCCGCCGCCUGAAAGAACUGCUUUCCGUCGCCGAGGUAGUUCCCGCCGUCAACCAGGUCGAAGCCCAUCCGUAUCUUCAACAACCUGACUUGCUGGACUUUUGCAAGGAGAAGGGCAUCUUGAUCGAGGCUUACAGUCCUCUCGGAAACAACACCACGGGAGAGCCAAAGACCGUGGACGAUCCGGAAGUUCAUGCGGUCGCCAAAUCUUUGGGGAUGGAUCCGGGUCAAGUGCUUGUGAGCUGGGGCGUUCAACGUGGCACGAUAGUCCUUCCAAAGAGUGUUACCGAGAAACGCAUCAAGGGCAAUUUCCAGGAUGCUGUUCUUCCGGAGGAGGCGAUGCAGAGACUGAAUGCUCUUGAGAGGCACAGAAGAUUCAACUUCCCAGCAAGAUGGGGUUAUGAUAUCUUCGACGAACUCGGAGAGAAGCAGGUGGCCGAGAUCGCGAGGAAGUCGGGCCCUGAGAAUCUGCAGAAGUUCACUGUUUGA